GGAAGCAUGAUCGAGUGCGCGCGGGAGGAGCGCUACGCUUACGGCACUUUCCCGUGCUAGUUCUACAGCUAAGGGAUUCGGAAUUUGAGUGCAGGUUUGCUCUAUGAGCGAGAUAAGUCAGCAUAAAAGCACUUAUUAUCAAACUCUACUUUUCAGAGGUCUGACUGGCCAGGGUAGCCGUCGAUAAUGGCAGCAUGGAACGCCUUCUAUCGGAAUGAGGAUGAGGAGGAAGUAGAGGAGGAUGGAGAAGAUGCCAAGGUGGACUACAAGUACAGUGGGCGUGACAGCCUGGUCUUCCUGAUAGAUGCCUCCAAAGAGAUGUUCAUUGAGGGCGAGGACGGCGAGCCCACUAAUUUUGACAUGACCAUGGAGUGUGUACGCAGUGUGUACACCAGUAAGAUCAUCAGCAGUGACAGAGACCUGGUGGCGCUGGUCUUCUACGGGACAGAGCACAGCAAGAACCCCAAGGACUCCUUCAAGCACGUCUAUGUCUUCCAUGACCUUGACUCCCCUGGGGCAAAGCGGGUGCAGGAGGUGGACAGCCUCCGGGGGGACAAAGGGGCGAAGGUGGCGGCAGAAACGCUGGGCAGCGGGGAGACGUCUCUGGGACAGGCCCUGUGGUGCUGCUCCAACCUGUACAGCGACAUCAAGCUGCGGCUCUCCCACAAGCGCCUCAUGAUCUUCACCUGCCGGGACUCCCCACACGGGGGCGACGGCGACCUCGACAAGCUGGCGCGCACCAAGGCCGCAGACCUGAAGGAGACGGGUGUGGUCAUAGACCUUAUCCACCUGAAGAAGGCAGGGGGGUUUGAUGUCUCCCUCUUUUUCUGUGACAUCAUGAGCCCCCCUGAGGAUGACGACGAGUUGGGGCUGCAGGUGGAGCCUUGUGGGAAACUGGAGGACCUGCAGAAGAGAGUCAGGGCCAAAGAGCUGAAGAAGAGAGCGCAGAGCAGGCUGAACCUGUGGCUGGGGGACGGUGUGAAGGUGGCCGUGGGCGUGUACGUGCUGGCCAGGUCGGCCACGAAGCCCCCGUCGGUCCGGCUGUACAGAGACAGCAACGAGCCGGUCCGCACCAAGACCCGGCUCUACCACAACAACACAGGCAGCCUGCUGCUGCCCAGCGACACCAAGAGAUCACAGGUGUACGGGAGCAGGCAGAUUGUGCUGGAGAAGGAGGAGGUGGACGAGCUGAAGAAGUUUGACGACCCGAGUUUGGUCCUGUUCGGCUUCAAGCCCAUGGAGCGGCUCAAGCUGCACCACCACAUCCGGCCCGCCCUCUUCAUCUACCCUGAGGAGGAGCAGAUUGCAGGCGCCUCCUGUGUGAUCUCGGCUUUGCUGCGCAGGUGCAGCGAGAGGGGCGUCUUCGCGGUCUGCAAGUACACCCCCCGCCGCAACACGCCCCCCCGCUUUGUGGCCCUGGUGCCCCAGAAAGAGGAGUUGGACUUGAACCAAAUCCAGAUAACACCGCCAGGGUUCCACGUGAUCUUCCUGCCUUUCGCGGAUGACAUUCGUACCCUGGACGCCCCGCAGUUCCCCAUUGCCUCUCGCGCUCAGGUGGACAAGAUGAAGGAGAUCGUUCAUAAGCUUCGCUUCAAAUACAGGAGUGAUGCGUUUGAGAACCCAGCCCUGCAGCAGCACUUCCGGAACCUGGAAGCCCUGGCCCUGGACCUGCUGGAGCCUGAGCCCAUAGAGGAUCUUACCAAGCCAAAAAUUGAGGAGAUGGAGAAGCGUCUGGGCCCCCUGGCGCAGCAGUUCAAGGAUCUGGUCUAUCCUGCUGACUACAACCCGGAGGGAAAGACAGCCACCAAACGCAAGCCUGCUGAGAGCGGAGGCGCAGCGGAGAAGAAGCCGAAGGUGGAGCUGCCGGAGGCGGAGCUUCGGGCCCAUGUGCAGAACGGGACGCUGGGAAAGCUGACGGUGCCGGUGCUGAAGGACGCCUGCAAGCAGUUCGGCGUGCCCACCACGGGCGCCAAGAAACAGGAGCUGAUCGACGCCCUGACUAAGCAGUUUUCUCACUGAGCGGGAGGAAGGGGGAAGAGUAGGUGUCUGUGUUUAGGGAAGAGAGGGCAGUUGAUUUGUACCUGUCUUUUAGGGUAGAAGCCACACAACUGUUGUAGAGUUUUCCCUGUUAGAACAUACUAUGCUUGCAUUGUAAUGGGUUAUAUGGAUGUGACUUUUGAUACAUAAAUACAUAUACAUUUAAAAAAGCA